UCCAACUUUUCUGUUGCUUUAUUACAUGACUAUGUUGUUCAUUGCGAUCGGGAUAAUGGCAUUAAUGUUUUCACCGAAAUUCAACAGUUUCAAUGUUUUGUCGUUGAACUAUUCCCUACGGUAUGCGAUUGAAUCCUACGUUUUCUGCUAUUUAGUGUCAAAACUAAACGAAGAGCAAAACAAUAUUGUCAACAAGUUGUUCAAAUUUGAAUGGGGAGUCAAGUUGAGAUACAGUAAACGAUUCGACCGCGAGUUUAAACACAUCAAAUCAACAGUUAUGAUCGUGAUGAUGCAGUCACAGCGAAGCCUUAAUCUAAGCUGCGGAGGCCUGUUCGAGAUGACCAUGGACAAGUUUACCAACAUCAUGAACAAGUCUUAUACGCUAACGAUGUACUUCUGGAACAUGAAAAACAGGAAUGAAGGGCUUCAUUAACCCCAGAAUGUGUA